AUGCAGCACAGCGGCAUCCUCAACGAGUUCUGUGCCCUUUCUCUGUGGGGCAAUGUGGUCCUGGUCGCCAGCGAGUACGGUGUGGCCCAGUACUUCAAGCUGAUGACGCACGUGGCAAAGCGCACGGACAUGAGGUACUCUCCAGCGCCUACCUCCGAGGAGAUGCAGCCACACGUCAAGGAGCGCUUCGAAGCGGACUUUGGCGAGGAGGGCGUGGCCCAAAUUGUCCGCUCCUUGGACGGCUCCUUCGAGCUCUUGCGCCGCUUGGAUGAAAAUCGAGCCCUGGGCAUCGAGGGCGUGAAGAAGUGGCACAAGGAGCAGCUCGAGUACAGUCUGGAGCUGACAAAAACAGGGAUGGAGAAGGAGGAGAAGGCCACCAAGACCGGCAAGGCCAUGUUGGCCGCUGCAGAGAUGGCCUUUGGGCCGCCAGUGAAGGCCUUCGACAAGGCCACGCUGGAGCUUGCUCAAGUGGGCGGCGCCAAGAUCGAGACCAAAAAGGAUGAUGGGCUCCAGGCCUCAUGGGCCUCGCCGCUCACCGGGGAGGUGAUGAAGGAAUUGGUUUGCGAUGAGGGCGUGGCCGCCAUCAUGAAGAAGCGCGUGCCCGCAGAGACUUACAAGGAGUUUGAGCAGGUGAUCAAAGGCAGAUGCCCCACAGUGAAGCAGUAG